GUCUUGUAGCCUCAACUCAGGAUGUAUAAGGUGGACAUCCAACCCGAGCAGAAGGAGGCCGUGGCCAUCGAAGCCCGAAGGAACCGGGAGAAACAGAGGCAGAGCCGAAUCUUUAACGUUCGGAACCGAGUCAUCGGGGUGGACACGGAAGGCCUCAAGAGCCAGGUGCAGGAACGGAGGCAGCGAGAAAAUGCCGAACAGGCUCGGGAGGCAGCCCUUGAUGCCAGCCGGGUUCAGUGUGACCUGGUGGCCCAGAUGCUGGAGAAGGAGGAGUCCCAGCGUGCCCGGCAGGUAGCCAAGCAAGUACAGGCCUUUCGUGAGAGGGAGCAGCAGCCCCAAGACUCCCGAGAUUUCGACCUGUAUUAUUCGGCAAGACCACAGAAGGAGAAUCCGGUCCGAGCGGGCGACCCGGAUGCCCGUUGCGGACCCUCCAGCAUGCAGUACUUUGCUGGGGAAGACUUGGGCCAUCCCAGCCACCAGCGCCUACAGCGGGAACAGAACCGUCGCGAAUUGAACCGUCAGCGGGAGGAGCAGCGCCAAGCAAAGAGGGACGAGAGGUACUCUGAGCUCUUGGCUGACAAGAAGCGGGUGGAGAUGGAUCUUCGAGCCAUUCACCUCGAGGCCUUGGAGGCUGCCUGCCGAGAGGCCAUGGAUAUGGCCAUGGCCAAUUACAACAGAGCUCAGGCCAUAGAGGUGGAGAAGCAGCAGCGCUUGGCCCGCCAGAGGGAGCAGGAUGACAACCUCACUGAAAUCUACAAUCACCUGACCAGUGACUUGCUGACUGAGAGCACUUCCGCUUCCUCGAGCACCCUGGCCUCACAGAAAGUCUCAGGGGGCUGGAAGGGCAUGAGCCCCGAGCAAGUAGCUGCCAUCCACAAGGAGCAGGCUGCCCAGCGCCUGGAGGCCCAACACCGGCGUCAGACUGAGCAGCGCCUGGAGGCCGAGUGGGCCUUCCAGGAGAAGCUGGUCGCUCAGGCUGUGUGCCAGCUGGACCGUGCCCAGAAGGUCAAAACGCAGAAGCUACGGCAGGGCCUAGACGCCUACAACAAGCAGCUAGCCCAAGAGCAGCAGGCACAGUGA